AUGAGCACCAAGCAAGAGAUCUCGCAUGUCGAGGAGACCGACUCGUUUCAGCUGGAGGAUGAUCCGCAUCGAGCAGCCUUGGAGCUGAAUCCAGAGGUCGCUGAAAGGCCUUCGUUGGUGACCACGCUCGCUGUUUUGUCCCUUGCCAUCUCGUUCGCGGCUCCCGUCGGCAUCGGCUUCACCCUAGUGGCGGCCGUCAUUGUGCAAAUCGGCGUGCAACUAGGAGAUACAUCGUCAAUCACCUGGUUCGCGGGCGCCUGGUCAAUUGCCUCGUCUGUCUCUUUCUCCAUCGCUGGCAGUCUCAGCGACAUCUUCGGCCGUCGCUACCUGAUUAUCGCGGGCAACGUAGUCUCUCUUGUUGGGGCGAUUGUGGGAGGCACGGCAAAAUCGGCCGGUAUGAUUAUUGCCGCCCAGACGCUGUUGGGCUUUGGUUGCGGUCUGGUUUUCGUUGGUUACGCGGGCAUUCCGGAGCUGCUUCCUAAUAAAUGGCGUGGUUUCGGACUUGGUACAACCGAGUUCUGCAUCGUGAUCCCCUGGGGUGGAUGCGCCGUUAUCAUAGCCAAUCUGCUCAACAGCCACGCCAGCUGGCGAUGGAUCUACUACCUUGCUAUCAUCUACAGCGCCAUUGCACUCGUAGGAACCACCGCGUUUUACUUCCCCCCGCGGCGACCGCAGCGUGAUUUCGACAAGACUCGGUGGCAGCAGGUCAAAGAACUGGACUACAUUGGCCUCUCGCUGUACACCGGCGGUCUGACUGCCUUCCUCGUGGGUCUUACCUGGGCCGGUACCCCAGCGCAUCCGUGGUCCUCCGCAUCUGUGAUCGCGCCAAUAGUGUUAGGCAUUGCCGGCCUAGCCGCAUGUUUUGCGUAUGAUUUUACAAUGGCGAAGAUGCCCUUCUUCCCACUACGGCUUUUCGCGGAGGUUCGCAAAUUUACCGUCCUAUUGGUUUUGGUUUUCGUCUCGGGAAUGUGCUUCUACUCGAUGUCGGCACUAUUGCCCCAAGGCGCCUUGUACAUGUACACCCACGAUCCCAUCGAGAUCGGCAUCAUCUCUCUUCCAGGUGGUCUCGCCCAGGUGCUAUCGGGAUUCAUUCUCCCCUCGCUCUCUCACCGCAUCAAGCAUAUCAAGACCCAGAUCAUCGUCGCGCUCAUCAUCCAGACCGUCUUCAUCGGCCUCUACUCUGCCGUCAUCCCCGGAAACAAGCCUGCGUGGAUGGCCUUUCAAUUCUUCGGCCAGGGCUGCUUCCCGCUGGUCACCCUGCUCUGCUACUUGACCGCAGGGCUCCAUGUGCGCCAGCGUGAUCUCGGCAUCGCCUCCGGGCUGAUCGGUACCUUCCGCAGUGCCGGCGGCAGUGUUGGAAACGCCAUCUUCAGCACAAUUCUGAAUGAUGCGGUGAGCAAGCAACUUCCCCGGCGCGUGUCCGCUGCGGCCCUGGCGGCUGGCUACCCAGCCGAUGAUCUGGCCGCCCUGAUUCCCGCCGUGAUGCUCAAUGGAGCCGGUACACCUGGCGCCUUCGCGGCCGUUCCAAAUGCGACGCUCGAGGUGCAGGCCGCCACGGCUGAAGCCUUCCGGCAAGUGUAUGCUUACGCUUAUCGGCGUGUGUUUUGGGCCACGAUUCCAUUUGGCGUGUGUGCGAUUGUAGCGGCAUUCUUCAUCCUCGAUUCGAGUCGAUAUUUGACGAACCAUGUUGCAGUUCACCUCGAGAACGAGACCGGUCCGACAGAACAUCUUGAGGAUGGGGAAAAGGUCGCGAAUAGCACUAACUCGGAUUUGGGAGGUAAAACGAGCCUAACGCCUCAGAAACAGCCCUCAGAUACAGACUAG